UUCUCUCUUUAUCAGGAUGGACCAGCACUUCAGGCUGGUGUUCUUGUUCCAGAAAGUGUCAUGUUCAAAGUUCAUCAGUGAGUUCAGAGAGCGAAAACCCAGGAUGCUGAAGUUUCUGUCCGACCUGGAGGAGACUGCUGUCCAGCUCGACAGGAUGAAGAUGGGGGCAAAGAUUUCUAGUGUGGCCGGCAGCUCAGUGGGGGCAGUUGGAGGUGUGCUUUCCAUCGCUGGUUUGGCCUUAGCUCCUGUCACAGCUGGAGUGUCUUUAGCUCUGACCUUGGCUGGGGUCGGGCUGGGACUGACCAGCGGAGUCAACAGUUUAGUCACAACAGCCACAGAGACUGGGAUCAACCACAAACACCAAAACAAAGCCACUGAAGUCUUCCAGGACUUUAUGGAGGAUGUGCAGAGUGUCCAGGACUGCCUAGAGGAAGUGUCUAGUCAAGCAUUCACGGGAAUUGAAGUGAGCAAAUUGGAUGUGGCCCUGGGUGUUGGCAAAGUGCUCACUAAAGUUGGCACUGUUGGAAGAGGCAUUGAUUCUAUUGUUGAUGCUACCUCUGCUACAGUGGUCAAAAGCGACGACCUGAUCCUAAGUGCUGGUAAGGUGGCAAGCCAGGAAGGUAAGUCAUUACGUAAUGUACCCAAUGUGGCCUCAGACAUUCCAGAUGUUGGACAGGCAGUUGCCAGAGGGCCUCUUGCUCUCUCCACAUCAGCCAGAGCUGGUUUCAUCACACUUAAUUCCCUUUUCCUUGGUUUGGACAUCCUCUUCAUCUGUAAAGACAGCAUGAGUCUGGCCAAAGGCAGCAAGAGUGAUGUCUCAGAGUUCAUUAGAGCCAGAUCUGCACUAUGGCAUUCAGAGCUGGACUCAUGGCAGAGGAUCCAUGACUCCCUGUGUCAAGGCCUGGAGACAUCAGAGAAGAACCAAAUUACCCUGUUGAUUCCUUUUUAUCCAGAGGAAGAUGAAUAUACAAAAGUUGAAUCUGAUCCAGUGGAGUAGAAACCUCCACUGGAUCAGACACCAAAAGAAAACCAGGCUUGCAUUAUACUCUAGGCCAGAGUUGUGCAUUUUUGAUUAAUUCUUAAUUAACUGUGGUUCUAUAAUGGCAUUAAUCAGUUGACUUGUCUUACUCUGCUGAUCAUAUAGAAAUUACUUUUUUCCUCAUCUGAGAAUUUUAUAUUGUUUAUCAUUUAAUUGUAAAUGUUGAUGUUUCACUUUAUGCACAGUCCAUUAUUAUUCAGUGAUUCAUACUGUAGAUUCAGUGGAUUUUACUUUAGUGACUGGUUGAAGUUCAGAUGUUAAUGAUAAUGACUUUGCAAAUCACCAACAAUGCCUUUUAAAGGAAUUACCUGCUUGUCGUAAUUCUUCUGAUGAAAACUUGUUCAGUGAAACUGUACACACUUUUGUUAUUGUUAGUACAUAUUUUAGUGAAAGAGUGGCAUAAUCUAUUUUUGCAACCCAAUGACAUACAGUAUAGCUGCAAGUUUACAUUUAAUGUCUUAUUUAAAAUCAUUUGUCCUCAAAAAUCAUAGAAAUAAAUCACUCUUUAUGCAUCAAAAGGUAGUAGUUUUGAUCUCAGCGUGAAUCUUUCCUUCCUUUCCAAGGUAAUUAA